GGUAGCUAGAGCUUUGGUGAGUGAGGAAAUCGCUCAUAACUCGACUCCAGAAGGUGGGGGUUGGGUACGUUCGUGAUAUCAUAACCAAUGGGUUUGCAUGAGACUGAUCGAGUGAUUAAGCGAUAUAAUCAUAACAAUCAUUGAGUUGUUCCAAGUGGUGCUCCAAAACGUUCAAGAUAACCUAUCACCUUUCAGUUCUCUAGUGGAACAAUUUUCGUGAUGUGACACAAUCAAUCUUGAAGUUAAAAACAAUAGGAACGAGUGACAACGACAGUGAUGUGCCUUCUUUGUGCGACAUGACCUGUUGAUACAUAAUGACACAUACGAAAAUGUGGAAAGGCAUUUGUGCAUUGUUUGGUGUUCUCUAUCUGCUGAGGCCUGGAGCAUGUUCUGCACAUUGUUAUCCACAAUUUUGUCAUAAUACCUCUCUGCGUACAAUAGAAUCCCAGGGGAGCGAAACCAUAAACGAUGGAGAAUGUCUUCUCACUGGCAUUCAGAACACCGCAGAAUGCAUGAACAUGAAAUUUGAUGGUCUGCCUCGACUACCACCCCCUGGAGUUCUCCCACUGAAGUUAAAAAUUUCUCCUUACGUUUAUCGUGAGGCAGGGACGAAAGUCACUGCCUUUAAUCUCACUGUUCAAGACAUGAAAUUUCAAAGAUUGGUAACGAGGUACCAAGACCGUGGAGACUCUGCAUCAUCAUACUGCCGACAUAUACAUUAUCAUGGAUCAAAUAAUUUUGAUCUCAAGCGAAGUUUAUUCGUGUCUUGUCCCUUCGCUCCAACAACAUUCGAAGAACGAUCGUACUCAUUAGAGUACUUAAUCGUUGGAAAUAAUUACCAGUACAGUAGGAAGUUUUUGUUCAACGUCCCCAGUCAUCAUCACAUUGGUGAAUAUGUUGACAACAUUAGAAAAUACAUUCCCUUCGUCUACAUAGAUAUUUCGGACAUUCCCGAUGUCUCGUUGCACAUCCAGCCGAUACCCGAAAAAUUCAACGCCUCUAAUUAUCGUGUCUGGGUGAUAAAUAAUGACACAGGUGCAUCGGAAUCAGUGGACCUUAGAUUGUCAAAUUCAGGGGACCAUAUUGAGCACAAUUUCACAAUGGUGGAUGGUGCAUAUCACAUCUAUGUGACAUCGAUGCAUCCAGAUUGUGGCGAGCAAGGCUGCAUAAACACCACAUUACCCGUUAUCACUAUCAAACAGCCAACACGGCGCAUAUUAAUCAUGAUAAUAAGCGUUGUUUGGAUACCCCCUGUGAUACUCUACGCAAUUUAUUACGUUUACAAAUUAUCCAAGAAGAAGGAUGUGUUCAAGCAAAUCGGCAAACGACCAAAGUGUCUUCUGGUUUACUCACCAACGCAUGUGGCACAUGUAGACGUCGUUUCGAACUUAACCAGGUACCUGAGAUCCUGUAAUAUUGCGGCUAUGGUCGACGUCCUUGAUAUUCCUGAAACUGAGACAAAGGAUCCAGGGCACUGGUGCAACGAGGCCUUCAAAUCAGCGGAAUCUAUUGUAAUCCUGGCAUCACCGACUCUCGGUGCGGUAUCAGUGCCAGUAAUCUACAGAAAUGUUGAUAAUCACGCACUGAGACUUUUAAAAGAGAAUUAUUCGCAUAGAAAUAAACGUUAUAUUGCCAUUGAACUUCCUUACUGCACACCUGAUGAUAUCCCUGAGGAAGCCAGGCUGUUCAAAAAAUUCCGGCUCCCGGAGAACUUGGAUAAGCUCGUGAAACACCUCCACAAUGUCGAAUUCACCAAGUGCACAAUCUCGAGUCAGCCCUUGAUCGAGAGCAUAAAUUUAGCGGCGAUUGAGAUCUCUCGAGAGAGACAGGAGAGCCCGAAGAAUAUUGAUGAGACUCAUGGGCUUCUCCCUAUCAUCGAUAAAUCGACUAUCACCAGUGCUGAAGAAGUUUCGCGUGAAGAUCUCAGAUGUGAAAAUUCAAAGUAUGAGGUUGUGGAGGAAGAACCUGUAGCCAGGUCCUUUAGAACACGAAUUGACGAACUAAAUUUAUUAGGAGAGAUUGAAGAGCCUGGGGAGAUAAGGUACGAACCUCCGUCUGCUCCCGGUGAAUUUCGUAUCGAUCAAUUGAACUUGUAAAAUUAAUUUCUACGUAGUUUUACUCGUUUGUAUAAUUUUAUACAUUACCUGUUAUGACCGAGAUUAUUUCGUAAUUAUUUAUUUUAUAAUUGAAUUUUAUGUGGUUGGUGUAUUUACCUACGCCCGUGCAGGUGGAUAUCAAUAAAGAAAAUGAUGGAGUUGAUUAAAAAAUAAA